UGGACUUGGACUUUUUCUGAGUUACUUGGAUCCAGCGCGGCGUCCCUUCCGCUUCUCUCUCUCUCGCCCCUGCCGGACCAUGCCCCCCGAGCUGUACCACAAGGAGUUUGCCAACGCUGGCCAGAAGAAUGGCCUGCAGAUCUGGAGGAUCGAGAAGCUGGACCUGGUGCCGGUGCCUGAGAACUUGCACGGCAAUUUCUACGUGGGGGAUGCGUACCUGGUGCUCCACACCCUGAAGAAGAGCAACGCCACCUUCUACAAGCUGCACUACUGGCUGGGAAAAGAAUGCAGCCAGGACGAAAGCACAGCUGCAGCAAUCUUCACUGUUCAGAUGGAUGACUAUCUAGGUGGGAAACCUGUGCAGAGUAGAGAAAUUCAAGGACACGAGUCUACUGACUUUGUUGGAUAUUUCAAAGGAGGGAUUAAGUACAAGGCAGGUGGUGUUGCAUCCGGAUUUAAACACGUAGUCACUAACGACUUGAGUGCACAGAGGCUUCUGCAUAUUAAGGGCCGGAGGGUAGUGAGAGCUACAGAAGUUCCUCUCAGCUGGGCCAGUUUCAACAAAGGAGACUGUUUCAUUGUUGAUCUCGGAACUGAAAUUUACCAGUGGUGUGGCUCAACAUGCAAUAAAUUUGAGCGUCUGAAGGCUACUCAAGUUGCUGUUGGCAUUCGGGACAAUGAGAGAAAUGGAAGAUCUCAGCUAAUUGUUGUAGAAGAAGGAAGUGAGCCAAGACAACUUACAAAGGUUUUAGGGACUAAGCCACUGCUUCGUGAGGAUAAUGAUAAUGAUGAUGAGGCAGCUGAUAUCACAAACAGGAGAAUUGCUAAACUAUACAUGGUGUCAGAUGCAAGUGGGUCCAUGAAGGUGUCGGUGGUUGCAGAGGAAAACCCCUUCUCGAGGGCUAUGCUUUUGUCUGAAGAGUGUUUCAUUUUGGACCAUGGUGCUGCAAGAAAGAUCUUUGUGUGGAAAGGCAAAGAUGCUAACCCACAUGAGAGAAAGGCAGCCAUGAAGACUGCCGAAGAAUUCAUACAACAAAUGAACUACCCUGCCAAUACCCAGAUUCAAGUGCUUCCAGAAGGAGGGGAAACUCCAAUCUUCAAACAGUUCUUCAGAGACUGGAAGGAUAAAUAUCAAAGCGAAGGCUUUGGGAAAGUCUAUGUCACUGAGAGAGUGGCUAGAAUUGAGCAGAUUGAAUUUGAUGCUACCAAGUUACAUGAAUCUCCACAAAUGGCUGCCCAACACAAUAUGGUUGAUGAUGGUUCAGGGAAAGUGGAGGUCUGGCGUGUUGAAAGUAAUGGCAGAAUCCCUGUGGAGUCUGAGACAUACGGAGAAUUUUUUGGCGGUGACUGCUACAUUAUACUUUAUACUUAUCCUAAAGGACAGAUCAUCUACACAUGGCAAGGAGCACAUGCAACAAAAGAUGAGCUGACUGCAUCUGCAUUCCUGACUGUUCAGCUUGAUCGGUCACUAAAUGGACAGGCUGUCCAGAUCCGGGUCUCCCAAGGAAAAGAACCUGCACAUUUGCUGAGUUUGUUCAAAGACAAACCACUCAUUGUCUACAAGGAUGGAACAUCCAAGAAAGGAGGUCAGAAACCUGCUCCCCCCACACGUCUCUUUCAAAUUCGCAGGAACCUGGCAUCCAUCACCAGGAUUGUGGAGGUUGAUGUUGACGCAACUUCACUGAACUCCAAUGAUGUUUUCGUUUUGAAACUGCCAACAAACUCUGGCUACACCUGGGUCGGAAAAGGAGCAAGCAGAGAAGAGGAAAAAGGAGCUCACUAUGUAGCCAGCAUUCUGAAAUGUCAAACCACUCGGAUUGAGGAAAGCCAGGAACCAGAGGAAUUCUGGAGAGCCCUUGGAGGUAAGAAAAAAUACCAGACUUCAGCACAGCUGCUAACUGAGUCUGAAGACCACCCUCCUCGUCUCUAUGGCUGUUCCAAUAAGACUGGCAGGUUUAUUAUUGAGGAGGUCCCGGGAGAAUUCACUCAGGAUGAUUUAGCUGAAGAUGAUGUCAUGUUGUUAGAUACUUGGGAGCAGGUCUUUGUCUGGAUUGGUAAAGAUGCUAAUGAAACUGAGCGAAAUGAAUCUGUGAAAUCUGCCAAACGCUAUAUUGAGACAGAUCCUUCUGGAAGAGACAAGGGGACUCCACUUGUUAUUGUGAAGCAAGGAUAUGAACCCCCAACAUUCACAGGCUGGUUCCUGGGCUGGGAUUACAACAAAUGGAAAAACUGAUCUAUCGGUGAAGGCCUCUGCUACAAACAGAAUGCAAUCAGAGCGCAACUAUUCUCUAGCAUUCUUAAGCAUUAGCUUGUAAAACAAUAUUGAUGCAGCUGUUGUCACCCAUUCCCCAGCGUUCGUAUAUUUCUCUGAGUAAACUAGCAUGUCUUAGCUUUGGAAAGGUUAAAUGAGAUGAUAAAGUAAUAACAUAAUUUCUUGGUGGCGGGUUAGGUUUUUUACACAGUAUCUAUGUGGAGUGAUACCAUUGGUUUGGUUCUAAAAUGCCUUUUUCUAAACAAAAACUGUAGAUCAGUUACACAUUAAUAUACAAUUUACAAGCUAACAUUCAUCAGUGGGCCAAAUUCUGCUUUUUACACCAGCAUAAGUGAGAGCAGAAUUUGGCCCAACCAGGACCCAUUGAAGUUGAGGGGAAAGAAUCCCAGCAGCAGGAUUGGGCCCUAAUUUACCUAUAGUGUCAAAAUCUUGCAGUCCUUACUAGUACGAAACUUCCAUUGCAGUCUGACUCAGGAGUGGGAGCUCUGUCCUGCAGGGUGCGGCUGAGGAUUCCGAGAGAGCCAAUGUGAAAAUGGUACUUUGUUACAUGUGGUCCAGGAAAUGGAUAUAAUCUGAGUGGAGAAGACGCUAUAGGCUUGAAUGAAUGUGAUGUGAACAUAUAUCCUUAUGAGGCCCGGCACAGUUGGCUGUGACAGACACUGUUUCUAUAGAGCCCUCAGACACAUACUGGUUGUAUGUUAUUCCUGUUCUCAGAUUCCUCUGACUCAGGGGUGGGCAAACUUUUUGGCCUGAGAGCCACAUUGGGGUGCCGAAACUGUAGGGAAUGCUGUGCCUCCCCAAACAGCCAGGCCCCUGCCCCCCAUCCGCCCCCUCCCACUUCUCACCCCCUGACUGCCCCCCUCAGAACCCGCGACCAUCCAACCCCCCCUGCUCCUUGUCCCCUGACCGCCCCCUCCUGGGACCCCUGCCCCUAACUGCCCCCCCCCCCAGGACUCCCACGCCUAUCCAACCAUCCCCUGCUCUCUGUCCCCUGACUGUCCCGACCCCUGGCCACAUCCCCAUUCCCCGCCCCCUUACCAUGCUGCUCAGAGCACCAGGACUGGCAGCCGCGCCGCCCGGCCGGAGCCAGCCACACUGCUGUGCAGUCUAGAGCACCGGGGCAGGCCGGAGGCUUUUGCAGCCACGCUGCCCGGCAGGAUCUCACAGCCCCAUCGAUCAGAGAGCUGGCGGCAUGGCGAGUUGAGGCUGCGGGGGUGGGGAGACAGCAGGGGAGGGGCCGGGGGCUAGCCUCCCCAGCUGGGGAGCUCAAGGGCUGGGCAGGAUGGUCCCACGGGCCAGAUGUGGCCCGCGGGCCAUAGUUUGCCCACAUUUUCUCUAACUGCUGCUCUUAAACACACUUAAGUGAGCUAUUGCUCCUGAAUGGCAGCAGGAGUCAACUGGCACCUUUAAAAAUGGAUCAACACACAUCAUUUCAUUCACCGGACUGUAAGCGCACACUGCAUAUCCCAGCCACAAGUUACCUCAGGCUGCACCAGUCUCAUUUUUUCCCCUACUCAUCAGUGCUCAGUUCUGUGCAAGUGUAGAGAUUUGCUCAUGUGGCCAAACGUGUUGCAUGUUUUUCCUCAAUGGGCAGAAGACUGGAACUCUUCACACACGUGCUGAGCAGACUUUGAAUGUGCUGUGCCAAUGCUUAGGGGAACCUCAGCACUGAGCAUCCUGGGAAGAUGGAGCUCUGAGUAAGCACUGUAGAAUCUGGCCCAGGGUCUCUCUCAGAAAUUGCAUCCGAAGAAGUGGGCUGUAGUCCAUGAAAGCUUAUGCUCUAAUAAAUUUGUUAGUCUCUAAGGUGCCACAAGUACUCCUGUUCUUUUUGAGAAAUUGCAAAGAAUCACAUAGUCAUUCUGGUGUAAAGAAUGCAGAUUAUUUUUAUUCUUGUGAGUUUAGAAAAACACUUUCAAACAGUGUGUGUGUUUGUGGUUUAACCACACAACUCGCCGUAAAGUUAGCAGGGACCAUUCCGCUUCAAACCCUUUGCAAUGCUAUGAACAUUUACCCUGUAGCGUUCAUUUUAAUGCCAAUGUGUACAACAGUAAAUCAUAUGGACUCGGGGCCAAUGUGGAUUUUUAAAUAAGGAAUUCUGAUUGUGUUUUUUAAUUGUACUUUUAAAUGAGUUUGAAAAUGGAAUUUUAAAAUUGCUUUUUAUAUUUUUUCUACAUGGCUAAUGGUGAAUUUGAAGCUCAGUAAAGCCAAAGGAGUGAAAACAGUCUCAACUGCAUUAGUCAAUAUCAUUGAACAAAGUUGCACAGCUGGGUAACUGACAGCUUAAGAACCAGGGAAUACUGCACCAUAUUAAAAUAUAAGAAUCUAAUUCUAUUUUUCAAGGGUUGGGAGGGUGAAGAGGGUAAAUUUUGAAAGUUUGUUAGCUUUAAGUGUUUGUUUAAAUCUAUAUUAAUGCAACUUGGCUGUAUUUGGAUGUGUCAUUUCAUGUAAAAAAAAAUUACAAAACACAGUAUUAUAA